AUGGUUAUCCAGCAAGUAGAAGAGCUUGACAUUACAGUCGGGCGCUCGAAAGUCGACAGAGAGGACAAUGCCAUCAGCGAGUCGGCUACGACCGAGUCAAAUCAAACCGAGCCGCCGGCGAGCCUCGACGAGGUGGAGGAGAUUCUGAACUACAGAUUCAGGAACAAGAGGUUAUUGGAGGAAGCAUUUACCCCCGGCUCGUACCCGAAACGCGACCGUUUCGUACAGGCGAUUAGGGUGUACGUCGGCGACUCGGUACUCAACCUAAUCGUCACGCGAGAACAGUACUCAGAUUACCCGGAUUUGUCACCUGGAGCGUUGACCCGACUCCGUGCAGCCAACGUGGAUACGGAGAAGCUCGCACGUGUGGCGAUCAAGCACGAAUUACAUCGAUUUCUUCGCCAUAAGAAGCCGCUCCUUGGGGAACAAGUAAGCGGUUAUGUCUGA